AUGAUAUUAGAUUCGCGUGACAGAGGAUACUUCCAGGAACCUUUUAUCGAUACUCUAAUAAUGCAUAGGCAAAACCUUAAUAAAAUAUCUGAACAGGAAAUUGGAGAGCACGCGGAAAUAAUAGAAGCAACCGUAAAUAAGAAUAGUGUUAUAUCCAUUAAAAAACAUAUAAAUUACGCGAAAGAAUUGGAUAAGCCUACCGUAAAUGAGACUAGCAUUGAAUCUGUUGAACAUCUAGAUUACAUAACAGAGCCAGAUCCUUCCAUUGUGAUUAAAAGUAGUGUUGAAUCUAUAGGUUACGUGCCAAAAUUAGAUAAGCAUAGUGUUGAAUAUAUAGGUUAUGCACCAGCAUCGGAUAAACCUAUCGUAAUUAAGAGCAGUAUUGAAUCUAUAGAUAGCGUGCCAGAAUCGAAUGAGCCAGAAUUGAAUGAGUUAGAAUCAAAUGAGUCAGAAUCAAAUGAGCCAGAAUCAAAUGAGCUUACCAUUUCAAAUGAGACCGUUUCCAAUACUAUAGGAUCAGAAGCUAGAAAAGCUAAGACUCAAGUUAAUCGAAAACGAAGACUAGAACGUCAUGAACUGGGGAGGAUGGAUCAGGUAUGCAUCCAUUGUAGCGCCAAAUUUUGGAUAGGCGAAAAGGAUCACAAUAGUAGUCGUGGAUCUCCAACAUUUGCAAUUUGCUGUGCUCAUGGUAAAGUUCGUUUACAACCUUUAUCUAAACCACCAUCAUAUUUGUUGGAUCUGUACACAUUAACUGGACCUGAUGCUGAUUCAUUUCGCAAAAACAUUAGAGGCUAUAAUAAUAUCUUGGCGUGCACGUCAUUUGGAGCUAAUAUAAAUGAAUUUCAAGGACGAGGAGUAUCUAAUUUCCAGAUUUAUGGCCAAGUCUAUCACCGCAUCGGAUCAUUACUGCCAGCAGGUCACACGCCUGAAUUAAAUAAAGAUAUUAUAAAGAAUCUGCAGGAUACGUUAGAUGAAUGCAAUCCAUAUAUUCAAAAUUUUCGUCAAAUAAGGGACCUCAUUCAGGAAAACGCGACCACCGAAAUUUCAAUGUUAAUUCAUAGUGAUCGAACACAAGAUCCUGGUCGAUAUGGUCCUCCCACAGCCUCUGAAGUAGCUAUAAUUAUGGUUGGUGAUGGUCAUGAGAUAGAACCAUCCAGUCGAGACAUUCUUCUUAGGUUGCGCAGUGGAGGUCUACAAAGAAUAUUAGAAUUUUGUCCAUCAUAUGAUCCACUUCAUUAUGUAUUACUAUUUCCAAGAGGUGACGAUGGUUGGCAUUUUGACAUACCUCUCAUAGGUGCUAAGAAAAGAGAUAAA